AUGGGCGCUCGCAUUCGAUUACCCUAUGUGAUCCAGGCCUUCGUCUACGCCCUCCUCUAUCGAGAGUCCAGCUAUCGUAACAGGCUGGUGUUUACGAUGAAGCAGCUGGUGCAGCAUGGCAAGAACCUCGGCAUGUUCGUCGGCAUCUACAAGGCCAUCUGCUACAUUCUCCGACGGAUGGGCGUCGACGGCGGCCUCGAGUGUUGGAUCGCAGGGUUCGGCGACAGUAAGGGGCUGUCGGGGAGUGUAAAUAAUCAGAUUGUGCUCUACCUGUUCGCGCGGGGCAUCUACGGCCUCCUGGUGAGCGGCGUGCGGCGCGGCGUCAUCCCGCAGACGCUCGACGUGCGCUCCGAGCGCGGGUUCAGAAUAUUUGCUGGAUUCUCGCUGGCGCUCAUCCUCUACCUCACCGAGUACGAGCCCGACACGCUCAACCCGUCCUUCAUGGCCACCAUGAACAACCUCUACUACGACAGCGAGACGCUGCCACAGCCGUUGCUUCCGGCCAAGCGCUUCGUGCCGUUCGCCGCCCUGGCGACGUUGUCCCUCCUCAGCCCACUCUUCCCCUCGCUCACCCUCGAGUCCAUGCUCGGCCGCAUCCUCCGCUUUGUGGGCAUCGAAGCCUCCCCCUCUUCCCCUCCUCCCUCCAAGUAA